UUUUGAUAACAAAUUCUAUAAACAGAUUGUUGGUAUGAUUCUGUGACUUGUAUUGACAUAUUUGGGCGCUGACUACGAAUUAAAAAUAAAUAAGAAAUAAGAUAGAUAAGAUUUUACUGUCAUAACCAUACCAACAAAGAUUCAGUUAAAUUAAAGUAAUCUAUAAGGGUUGAUUUCCUAAUUAUUAUUUCGUAGAUAUGAAAAAUACUCCACUGUGCGGCGAGUGUAGUUAUUUCAGAGAUUCGCAUCUCUGAGAAAAACGCGCGACAUGCAAAUACAUAUUUGAACGUCCAGACCGAUUUACUCUCGUCCUUCUAUAGCCCGCCCUGAAUGAAAACCUACACAUUUUCAAUCUAUUUAUGUCAUUAAUACAGUAAAUUGAAGCAUGCCUUUCGUAUAUUCUUGUUUUUACAGUCGCAAACCAAAAAAGAAUCUAACAAAAUAAUUUUCGAACUAGAUCAAUAAGUAUUUUUUGUAAACUUAUUAUUCAAACUCGUUAUUUUAUCAUAUAAAGAGCAUUUUUGUUAUUUUUUGCAAAGAUUAAUUUUAUAAUUAAUUUAAGAAUUUUAAGUAUUAUUUUUCUAAUCUGUUUAAAGUGUAAUACGGGAGUAAAAAUGGUGUAAUACUGGUGACAAACGUAUGGUUAAUAGUUAUUAUUGUGAUGAUAGUGAAUUUGUUUUUGUGCUUACAGGAAUGACUUGACAGACAUCAAAUUAAUUUUACCAUGGAUUACGAAAACAGUUUUUUAAAUAUUAAUUACAAUGCAAUCGGACGAACUUGACAAACCCAUUUUUUGUCCAACGUUGCCUUUGCCGGAGAAAAUGACGUAUUCCGAACCAAGUUCCAUGACAAUCCCCGAGAAAUUACUGAAAAAUUCAACACCAAAAGCAGAGCCACCUAGUUCACCGAUGAUCAGUAACAUCAAUCUAGAAGAUGAUAUUGAAAAAGUUGAGGUUGAAUCCAAGAAUUCUUCGAAAACUUCCAAAGAAGAAAACCCAGUGACGUCAUGCAAACUCCCUCCGACGACGGCCCGAGAGUUCCCGGGAAUACCCGAAGAAAGCCCGAACGAAUCGGUGAAAAACUGGCUUCAAAAAAUCAACGAAAUACACACAACCAAAAAAACAACUAGUAGUACUGUUCAACAACAAAUUAAUAGUACCAGAAUAGUGAAGUAUCAAGACUUGCCUUAUAUGGGGGAAAUAACUUUGGAUAAUUCCAAACCACGGAGAGGCAGAAAACCAAAAAAAGCUGACAUUUGUCAUCUGAUUUACAAAAAUUACGGAACAAUUUUCCCUGGAACACCCAAUGCCAAUAUCUACUUAGAAAAAGACAGUAACCAAAAUUUUAAAAAACAAAAUGUCACUAUGGAAAGUGAUUUUGACCUGGUUAACCGAAAUGACGUGCAGAGUAAAAUUAUAAGUAGCUUACUGGAAAAAAGACUGACUCAAGAGAGUAAAAACUACACGAGUGAACCCAAAGAAGAUCAAAAUGAACCAUUAAAUUUAUGUAUUCGUGAUUUAAACCAUCUUAAAAUAGGAUUAAUGGAUAGUAACGAAAAACCUGGUACGGAACUGAAAUUAGAAGCCCAGUCCGAUAGUGAUAUUGAAAUAAUUAAUGAAACUCCAUCACCAAAGCUCAGAAAUGAUUUGAAGUUUCCACCAACCACGCCACAUAGUACUUCCACUUCAAGUCCCGAUAUACCGCUAACCCCAGAAGGAACAAGUGAACCUGGUGGCUAUAUGUAUUGGCCCAACGCUGGUGUCUUCAUCCAUCCACUAGCGCUUCAGCAGCAACUGAUGAUGUACCAGCGUCUAGCGAAGAACAUGAACUGUCCUAUUCCGAGUACUAGCCCCAGACCUGGUCCUAAUCCUAACGAGAUUGAGAUAGAAGAACCAUCGGACCAACUAAGAAAGAUAGUUCCCAAACUGCCAAAACAAAUCAAUAAGGUAGCUGACAGUAGUAGUCUACAUAAACCUAAAAGAAACGCUAGCCUAAAUUUUACGGACAAAACCUCUCCGGCCAAAAGAAAACGUUCUGCCAUUUUUAUACCGCCGAUUCCGAUGGAGAAUUCGACCAAUCCCGCAACAGAAGUCAGUAUAUGCAAGUUUAAGUUUACUGGAGGCGCUAAACCCAGCUUGCAAGAGAAGAAGAUGCUGUCUGUUGAUUCGGGAGGCAAUUUCAGGUACUACAGUGGUACUGGCGAUAAAAGUAUGAGAGGCUACGAAUUCUUUCCCAGGGAAACACUUCAACAGCAGAUCAGCAGUACUCAAGGUUCCAGUACGGGUGCCUUCCUCCAAGCCAGCGGCGAAAAAAUGUAUCCACUGUCCCCCUUGGAUAGUACUUCUGGAUCUGGAGCCUGCUCAAACACCGAUUUUUUGCUCACUACCGAACUGCCCAGUACUGCUUUGACGGCUAUUCAACAGGAAACAUCUGGCAACAGUGCCUCGGCUUUAAGGAAUAAAAAAAGGAAAUCUAAAAAAUCUCUACAGAGGGAAAAACUAGAACAAACUUUUAAGGAAAAGGGUUUUUUGAUUCAAACUCAACAGUUAGAAUCAGCUGAGGGUGCGACAUAUUGUAAAUUUAGACAGUUAAGAAAAUUUACGAGAUACUUAUUCAGAUCAUGGAAGGACUAUUUACCUGAUAAUGUUCGGGAUAUACAGGAAAAUGAAUACAAAGAGUUAUACCCACCUGAGUCAGUCGAUAUGGCUUCAGAUAGCUUAGAUAGUAUUUCGGUAAAAUCGUGUGACUUAACUGCAGGCCCUUCUUGAGCUCACUCUGUAUAUAAUGCAUUUUCUACUUACUUUAUAUAGAGUUAUACAGGGUGGUACGAAUUUUAUUCGGAAAAAAAUAAGUAAAAAUGUUCCUAUAAAUGUAUGUCCUAAAAUUCUUGGUUUCGGAGAUACAGAGUGUAGAAGUUUCAUUGUUAUUUCGAUUUUUUUUUCCAAAUAAUUUCUGAACUAAUGUUAAUGUAAAAUGAAAAUGGGUGUCUGGGUGUGUUUUUAAAAUGAUAAAUUUGAUUUAGAUGUCAGUAUGACUCCUAGUUGUAGGGGGCGCUACAUGCAUAUUUUUUAACUGGUUUGAAGAGUAAUAAC